GGCGGCGGCGGCGGCGGCAGUGGCGGGUCAUGGAGCUUUCAAGAAACAGCGUGGAGACCAGGAAGCCCACGGGCCUCGGGCGCUGCAGGCAUUUCUUCUGGCUGGGCGUGGUCUUCGACACGGUGGGCGCGACCCUGCUGUUCACCGGGGUCUUCGCUCGCCUGCUCUUCUACGACCUGCUGCUCUACCUGGGUUCCAUCAUCAUCUUCUUCAGCCUGCUCUGGUGGGUCUUCUGGUACACCGGCAACAUCGAGCUGACUGUCGAGGAGUCCCUGAAGGAGCCCUUCCACGUGCCGUCCUCCACCUCGGUGAACGCGCUGAGCCAGCGCCUCUCUCACACCCUCUGCAACGUGUCCCGCAGCUUGACGCGGAUCCGGCGGCGCUGCGCUCCCAGGACGUUCCUGCUUAGAUCUGCUUCUCUGAGUAUGACCGGCACGGCCCGGCCCGAAAACCAGCUGCAGCAGGAAGACCAGGGCAAAGACGCAGCGGCAGGUGCCCAGGAGAGCGGCGACGCGCAAAACCUGGGCAGCGAGGACCUGGGCCCCAAACCUGAAGCUGUCGUGAGUUCAGAGGGAGUUCGCUCCCCAGGGCCUGGUGCUGGGUCUCUGGGCGCCGAGGCCGGACUGCCAGGGCCUGUGAAAGGAUCGUUUUUCACUCAUAUGGUGACGCCUGAGUUCCCUCCGUCUCCUCCCGACCAGCCUCAGCCCCUAGCCGUCCUCUCCUCCAGGAGCCUGCCUGUCCUUCCCUCGGCCUCCACCCGCCAGCCUCUAGCUCUCUGUGUUUCCAGGAGCCAGCAUGUGGCCACUCUUGCCUCUGCAGGCCAGUCCGCUGCCUCCUUGGCUUCUACCAGCCCUCCUCUGCUCACUGUUGCCUCUGAGAGUCAGCCUGCUGUCCCCUUGUCCUCAAUGACUCAACCUACAGUGGUCCUUGCCUCUCAGAACCAGCCCUUUGUGCCUGUGGCCUCUUGGGACCACUCCUCGGUUUCUCUGGCCUCUCAGGUCCAUAACUUGGUGCCAGUGCCUGCACAGAGCAACCUCCAGAUCCUUUUGGCCUCUCAAAGCCACCUCCCGGUGUCUGCGGCUGCACAGAGCCACCUCCAAGUCCCACUGGCCUCCCAGAGCCAGCUGGAGAAUAUUCCUCUGGCCUCUCAAACUUCAUCUUCAGGUGCUCAGGCUCCCCAGUCAGAGGGCCUGGCCCCCCCUGGGUCUCUGAUCCAGGUCCCAACGUCCCAGUCUUUUCAGGCCCAACCUGUGAACCUUCGGAUGUCCCUUGCUGUCCAGGACUUUCAGGCCUUCUAUCACAACCAACAGACCCUCCAGAGCAUCUCUUCGGUCCAAGAGAUUUCUUCCACCCAGUCUGCGCCCGUCCAAGAGUUUCAGAAGAAGCCAGUUGCACAGGCUUUUGAGACUCUGCCACCAGUGGGCCAGGAGCUAAGUCAGGAAUUCUCUGCCACCUCGUCCCCACCCCCUGAGUCCCAAGCUCCAGCUUCUCAGGCCCAGCAAUCAGUGUCCCCUGAGAGCACAACCGCCCCUGCCUCAGAGAUGAAAAGUAGCCGUCCCUAGUACAGAACCAGACCCCAGCCAUAGGCCGCUCUGCCAAAAUCACCGAAGUUUCCACAGAUUUAGCUUCCAACUUUAUGAAAGCACAAAUACAUACCUUAACCUCGUUUUGGAAACCUCUGUGUGGGUCCUGACCUGUCUCAGACCAGCAGGCCUCCAACGCUGCUUCUGCCAAGUAUGUUUGUGUCAGUGUUGGGGAGAGUUUUCCAGAUUCACGUCAUAAAUUUCUUUAUUGCCAGAAUUUUAAGCCAUAAUAAACUAUGCUAUUCCAAAUGAACUUUGUUUUAAAAUAAGUUGGUUUUUAAAAUAGACUCCUUGUGAAAGCAUUCCAGCAUUCUAAGUGGAAAAGAACGCCUAGCAUACUCUGGGUAAAGGUGAAAGUAAGUACACUUCCCACAGAAAUGGACACUGGAAAGUGUAAGUCUGUGUAUUUAAGGGUACUUUGUGACCUCGCUAAUGAAGAGAAAACUUAACACAAUCAGUGCAUUGUUAACAUGCCACAAUUUAUAUUUAUAUGCUUAUUUUGAUUUAAGGAACAAAAAUUUCCCAUUUUCCCAAGGAUUUUAA